AGCCCAAAACUGGCUGGAGAGCGAGGCAAUUCCAGGAGAGGGGCAGAGAGGAGUCAGAAAGUUAAUGCGGGAGGCUGAGAGAGGGGAACUGACUUGGCAGUCCGCAAGGGCAGCCCGCCAUCCGCGCGCUCGGGGGCGGUCUCGGAGGUCUCGGAAGGGUGGGCGCCGGGACGCGGGCUUCCCAUGGAGGCGCCCGAGCUGGGCCCGGGGCUGGUGGAGCGUCUGGAGCAGCUGGCGACGUGCCCGCUGUGUGGGGGUCCCUUCGAGGACCCAGUGCUCCUGGCGUGCGAGCACAGCUUCUGCCGCGCGUGCCUGGCCUGCCGCUGGGGAGCCCCGCCGGCGCCCGGCACAGAGGCGCCCCCCAUUACCUGCCCCCGCUGCGGCCAGCUGUGCCCCCGCCGCAGCCUGAGGUCGAACGUGCGGCUGGCGGUGGAGGUGCGGAUCAGCCGCGGGCUGCGUGACAAGCUGGCCGAGCCCGGGGCGCGCACUGGCAGGCGCCGCGGGGGCCGCAUCCCCACCAUGGGCUGCCUAGACCCUCAGGGAGAGGAUUUGAGAAAGACAUGGAGAAGAUUCGAUGCCCCAAGACCCAAGUCUUAUCACUCAGAAGAUGAUCUCCCUGAAGAUUACCCUGUGGUUAAAAACAUGCUUCAUAGACUGACAGCUGACUUGACUCUGGACCCUGGCACCGCACACCACGGCCUUCUCAUCUCCCCGGACCGCCGCAGUGUCCGCUUGGCCCCUCCGGGAACACCUGCGCCUCCUGACGGCCCCGCACGCUUCGAUCAGCUCCCGGCAGUGCUGGGCGCCCAGGGCUUUGGGGCUGGGCGCCACUGCUGGGAGGUGGAGACGGUGGGCGCCUCCUCCUGCGGAGACUCCUCUGGGGAGGAAGAGGACGGCGGGGAGAGCCGCUACGCGGUGGGCGCAGCCGGAGAGUCAGUGCGACGCAAGGGCCGCGUAGGGUUGUGUCCCGCGGGCUCCGUGUGGGCCCUGGAGGGCCGCGGGGGCCGCCUGUGGGCGCUUACAGCACCCGAGCCUACCCCGCUGGGUGGCGCUGGGCCUCCGCCGCGGCGCAUUCGCGUUGACUUGGACUGGGAGCGGGGGCGCGUAGCUUUCUACGAUGGCCGCUCACUGGACCUGCUCUUCGCCUUCCAGGCUCCUGGGCCCCUGGGGGAGCGCAUCUUCCCGCUCCUGUGUACCCACGACCCCCGUGCCCCGCUCCGCAUUGUGCCAGCGGAAGGCUGAGCAGCUGAGCCUACCUAGGUUGUGCCCCCCACCCCUCUUAACAUUCGAAUUUGGCCCACAGUGAGGUUCAUCUUGGGCACAGACAUCUCACUUGCAAGUAUCCUGUCCACAAGUUCACUGCAGGUGUAGUUACUCACCCCACCCACCUAUACCAUUUCGUAAGACCUCACCUGGCGUCCUGUUUCCACACACAUAUCCUUCCUUCUUGGGACGCUUCUCCCACAUAACAUCCCAAUUCAUGCCCAUCCCCACCCCACCCCUUUUUUCUUUUUUUUACUAUUCUAGGACUGAAUUGGGCAACAGGUCCUGCUGUCAGUAUUCGUAAAUGGCCCAUGUUUGCUACUAUACACCCAACUAGUCCAACCCCUUCUGUACUUGCAUUUUCUCAAAGGCUCUAAUGCCUUCUCAGUUUCAAGGCUUACUCUGACUGCCCCAUUCAGUCUAAGGGUUCUUAUAAAAAAGCAACAAGAGAUUGCUGAGAGAAAAAACAAAAUAAAAAAAGGGCUGACUUUGUAGGGCCCCAUAGAAAUCUCAGCCUUUUCUGGGUGUUUGGGCAGGCUAAUUAUACUUUUUUUUUUUCCUAAUCCACAAAUGUUUCCUAUGUUUGCAGUCAUUUUUCAUUAAGAACCUUAAAAACCCUCCCCCUUUGCCCCCCCCAUACACACAUAUUCAUAAGACACCAAUGGUGCUACCUCUCUUUUCCUCAAUCUGAGAGGGUCUAGACACCCCAAAGUCAUCCUUGUAUAUAGCCUCACGUCUUGCCCCAUAAAUAUAAAUGGGCCCAUAUUUAACACAUUUUGUGAUGUUGGGUUAUUUAUUUUGUGCAUCUGUGGCAAUAAAUGAGAUUCAGUGGU